UGAUUGACCGUGACAUGACUUCUUAUGUGGGCAAUUUUGGACUGGCAAGGUUUCUAUCUGAUAGCCUACUCACUAUAUCUCAACCUCAAACAAGCUCAAUUGGAAUAAGAGGAACAGUUGGCUACGUUGCUCCGGAGUAUGGUAUGGGAAGUAAGUCGUCGAUUCAGGGAGAUGUCUAUAGCUUCGGAAUCCUCAUACUAGAGAUGUUCACAGGAAAGAGACCUACGGAUAUGAUAUUCACGGACAGCUGGAACCUCCAUCAGUUUUCUAAGAGCUCACUUCCCGAAAGAGUGAUGGAAACAUAA